AUGCGCAUGCUACGCUACCCGCUCGACAAUCUCCUCAAGGUGGAGACGAAGUUCAGCUGGAGUCCGGAGUGCCAGAAAGCGUUCGACCGGUUCAAGCAGAUUCACUCGUCGGAUCUUCUCCUCACACACUACGAUCCGAAGGGGGAAAUCAUCGUUUCUGCUGACGCUUCAUCCGUUGGACUUGGGGCUACCAUUAGCCAUAGGUUCCCAGAUGGAACCAUCAAGGUGGUCCAACAUGCAUCCAGGGCGCUCACGAAGGCAGAACAGGCCUACAGUCAGCCCGAUCGCGAAGGUCUGGCCAUCAUCUUCGCCGUCACGAAGUUCCACAAAAUGCUCUUCGGACGGCACUUCCGUUUGCAAACCGAUCAUCGCCCGCUGCUUCGUAUCUUCGGCUCUAAGAAGGGAAUUCCAGUGUACACUGCGAACCGCCUGCAACGCUUCGCCCUCAACUUGCUGCUCUACGACUUUGAGAUCGAGUACGUGUCCACUGAGAAGUUCGGCAACGCAGACCUGCUCUCCCGGUUGAUCGACCAGCACAUCAAGCCUGAAGAGGACUACGUCAUCGCGAGUCUCAAUCUGGAAGAGGAUAUUAGGUCAGUAGUAACUAAUACGGUUAAAGUGUUGCCUCUCAAUUUCAUAGUCGUUGCGCAAAGCACACAAGCAGAUCCGCUGCUCCGUCAAGUCCACCGCUACGUUCAGAACGGCUGGCCCCAGUCAACACUCGAUGGGUCAGAACUUCGCCGGUUCCAAUCAAGGCAGGAAUCGCUCUCUGUGGUGGAUGGGUGUAUUUUGUUUGCUGAACGACUCGUCAUUCCGUCGCUGCAUCGGAAACGGUGCCUCGAACAGCUGCACCGUGGCCAUCCGGGCAUGCAGCGAAUGAAAGCCAUCGCUAGGAGCUACGUGUACUGGCCUACGUUGGAUGCUGACAUCGUCAGCUUCGUCAAGGCAUGCCAGCAGUGUGCGUCUGUAGCUCGAUCACCUCCUCACUCUCCACCGGUGCCGUGGCCCAAAUUGACCGCUCCGUGGCAACGCGUCCACGUCGACUUCGCCGGUCCAAUCGAAGGCGACUACUACCUGCUCGCUAUCGAUUCGUUCUCUAAGUGGCCCGAGAUCAUCCGAACGACCCGCAUCACCUCUGCUGCGACCAUCAGCAUCUUGCGUGCGUUGUUCGCGCGGCUGGGUAUGCCCGUAACCUUGGUCAGUGACAACGGUACCCAGUUUACCAGCACCGAAUUUGCCGAUUUCUGCGCUUCCAAUGGCAUCGAGCACCUCACGACAGCACCGUUUCAUCCACAAUCAAAUGGCCAGGCGGAACGAUUCGUGGAUACCUUCAAGCGAGCCGUCAAGAAAAUCCGAGAGGGGAGAGGAUCCAUUGAAGAAGCACUGGAUGUCUUCUUGCUGACGUACCGAAGCACGCCCAGUCGUGCUCUGCCGGAUCAGAAGUCGCCAUCUGAGAUCAUGUUUGGUCGCAAAAUCCGAACGUGUCUCGAGCUUCUGCGUCCACCACCGGUACGUGUCCCAGUGCCAACCGACGAUGACUGCAAGCAACCGAGGUCCUUCAACCGAAACGAGACCGUGUACGCCAAACUACAUGGUCAUACCGGUUGGAAGCCACCUUAA